UGAAAAUGACAAGAGUUAAUCGUGGCCGUUAACAAAUUACGAUCAAAACGAAGAUCGUCACCAUCUUAUAACAGAAUAACCCAAAUGGUACGCGAGCUAGAGACUCUCUAGUAGAGAGAAAGAGAGAGAAACACAAACACGCACACAUAACGAGUGAUUUUAGAGAGAGAUAGAGAUCUGGAAGGUGACGUCGUAGGAGAUUAUGGCGGCGGUUAGGAGAAGAGAACGAGAUGUGGUUGAAGAGAAUGGAGUUACGACGACGACGGUGAAACGAAGGAAGAUGGAGGAGGAAGUGGAUUUAGUGGAAUCUAGGAUAAUUCUGUCUCCGUGUGUACAGGCGACGAAUCGCGGUGGAAUUGUGGCGAGAAAUUCAGCAGGAGCGUCGGAGACGAGUGUUGUUAUAGUACGACGGCGAGAUUCUCCUCCGGUUGAAGAACAGUGUCAAAUCGAAGAAGAAGAUUCGUCGGUUUCGUGUUGUUCUACAUCGGAAGAGAAAUCGAAACGGAGAAUCGAAUUUGUAGAUCUUGAGGAAAAUAACGGUGACGAUCGUGAAACAGAAACGUCGUGGAUUUACGAUGAUUUGAAUAAGAGUGAGGAAUCGAUGAACAUGGAUUCUUCUUCGGUGGCUGUUGAAGAUGUAGAGUCUCGCCGCAGGUUAAGGAAGAGUCUCCAUGAGACGGUGAAGGAAGCUGAGUUAGAAGACUUUUUUCAGGUGGCGGAGAAAGAUCUUCGGAAUAAGUUGUUGGAAUGUUCUAUGAAGUAAGUUUUUUUUUUUUGAUUCAAAUCUUUUAAUCGAAUUUUUGAAACUGAUAAUGAAUUUGUUGUUAGGUAUAACUUCGAUUUCGAGAAAGAUGAGCCACUUGGUGGAGGAAGAUACGAGUGGGUUAAAUUGAAUCCAUGAAGAAGACGAUGAUGAUAAUGAUGAUCAUUGUUUUCACCAAAGUACUUAUUAUUUCUCUUCUGUAAUAAUCUUUGCUUUGAUUUUUCUUUUAACAAAAUCCAAAUGUAGAUAUCUUUCUCUCGAAUAAUCAAUAACAUGUAAUUCAACUUUUGUUUGUACUUCCUUGAGGUAAUUAAUUAGAUUCGUGUUUUUCUCGAUUAAUAAACUAUAAGUUUAUAACUCUAAGAGU